UUUUUUCCAGUGUGCGGCCCUCUGUGGGGGUUUGGACCCCCCCCUGGUGUGUAGUUUUACAGGAAGUAUAGAGUAGUAAUAGUGGGACAAGCUCCCACAGGAACUCCCGACAGGUCCUUAACUGGCCCUUUGUCUUAUCCAAAAUCCUUAAAUCAACUUUGUUUCCUAAUCCCUACCACCCUCACUAUAUUUACAACUUCUUAAGGAAACUUGGAGAUCCACCAACGAGAUCGAGUGGAUCCAAUUACUGGCUGCCUGCUCCUCAUCUAGCGGCUCAGACGCCUUUGUGUCCUCGGCGUGGUGACCACGGGAGGAAUCCCUUCCAAAACAGGAAAGCCUUGCCAUUCACGGGGAUAUCAGCGCUUUGAUGAGUCAGCAUGUGCUGUGCAAUGGCGGCCGACGGCGGCGUUCUGUCCAGAUGUCUGCAAAGUCGCCGCAGCACCAUCAACUGCCUGUCGAAGGGUGGCCGGGACAAAAAGAGCUUUCCCUUUCCUCAGCAGGACGCGGUGAAAGCGUGGAGCUCUCUGGAGAACCUGGACGGGCCGGAGUGCCCCGCGGGUGAGGAGAAACCCAAGCCGCACGACGUCACGGUCAACAUUGGCGGCAAGGUUUUCCACAUCCCCAAAAAGUGUGCCAUGAACUACCCUCACACCCGUAUCGGCUCGCUGGCUGCCUGCGCAGACCGAAGUCGCCUCUGCGCCCUCUGCGACGACUACUCCGUCAAAAAGAACGAGUUCUUCUUCGACCGCGACCCCGCCUUUUUCCACCACAUCUGCCAUUUCUACGCCAGCGGCGAGCUGUGGGUCGUCCGGGAAAUGUGUCCGAUCCACUUCGAAGAGGAGAUGGCCUACUGGGGCCUGAGCCUGAAGGACACCAGGCGCUGCUGCUGGAUGAUGUUUGAGGAAAAGGUGGACGAGAUGAGGGACAACCUGAAGGUGGAGAGGGAACUCAUGGCCGAGAUCGAGUGGCGAUGUCUCUCAACACCGUAGAGGAGCUUGAGAACUACCAGGUCCGUGGCAAAACCUACAUGGAGUGGGUGGAGAUCUUCACCAUCGUGUUCUUCGCAUGCGAGUACCUCGUCCGCCUCGCCACCACUCCCAACGUCAAACUGUUUUUAAAGA